AUGUCACGUCGGAUCGAUCAACUUGAACGAAGAACAAUGAAGAUGAUCGUUAAGAAAUUAUUAGUACCACCAGAAUUACAGAAAAUUCAAUUGGACGAUCAAAAAAUAAAGUAUUAUGUUGAUCUUUUGAAUUAUUUGCCGUCCAACGAAGAUGUUAAAGCUGUACUCCUAUCGAUAAAAGUUGUACACAGUAAUCAUCCUUAUGGACAUGCAUAUUUGGGAUUUACUGCCUAUCAAGAACGUUGUCUGCCUGAUCAAACAACCGAGUAUUUGGAACAAACUUAUAACUGUCACGGUACAGUGCAUCAACAAGAACUGAUUAUUCCUUGGAAUAGUAGUCCGAAUAACCUGUCAAUGAAUUUAAUAAUCAAUGUAACGUGUUCACAUAACACUGGAACUUAUACAGAUUCUGGAAAUGUGAAUCACUUUGAGAUUAAAGUUACCGGCUACAUCAUAUAA